GUAGGUCCCUCCUGGAGAGGCGGCGUGCGUGCGUGCAUGACUGCCCACGCGGGCAUCUCAGCCCAUCGCAAGCUUUCCUCUAGGUGACCUUGGGCUGAGCUGCUCGUGCUUGCUUGGAGAGCUGUUGAUUUACAAUGCAGAUUCAUCGGUCCUCGCCUGCCUGCCCCUGCCCCUCCUAAAAUUGGCUGGGAUAUAAGAGGCUGUUUGCUUUCUGAUGCCAACAGUGGCAGUGGCAGAGCGCCCUGCCAUGUGAGAGGCAGAGAUAGAGGAGAGGGGGCCAAGGAGGAGCAAACUGUGCAGCUGCUCUUGCUUCUGGUAGCUGAGGAGCACAUCUGUGGGACAGAAUGUCAAUGCUUACCCCUGUCCUGCAGCCCCCGGAGGUGAAGGAGUAUCUAUCCAAGGGUGAGCGCUUCAUCAAAUGGGAUGAUGAAACAGCAAGUGCCUCUCCUGUGAUUCUUCGAGUGGAUCCAAAAGGCUUUUACUUAUACUGGACCUAUCAGAAUAAGGAAAUGGAAAUUUUGGAUAUAACCAGCAUCCGAGAUACCCGAGUAGGGCGCUUUGCCAAAAUCCCCAAGUGCCAGAAGCUCCGAGAGGUUUUUAACUUGGAUUACCCUCACAGCACCUUCCUGCUUAAGACUCUGACUAUUGUAUCUGGCCCUGACAUGGUGGACCUCACUUUCCAUAACUUUGUGUCCUACAAGGAGAACGUUGGCAAGAGCUGGGCUGAGGAUAUUAUGGCCAUUGUUCGGAAUCCCCUCACAUACAACGCUUCUCGGUACACCUUCCUAGAGAAAAUCCUGGUGAAGCUGAAGAUGCAGCUUAAUGCAGAGGGAAAGAUUCCUGUCAGGAAUAUUUUUCAGAUGUUUCCUGCAGACAGGAAGAGGGUGGAAGCAGCAUUAAGCGCUUGUCAUCUUCCAAAGGGCAAGAAUGAUGCCAUCAACCCAGAGGACUUCCCUGAGACGGUGUAUAAGACUUUCCUCAUGAAUCUGUGCCCACGGCCUGAGAUUGAUGAGAUAUUUACCUCACACCAUUUAAAAGCAAAGCCCUACAUGACCAAGGAGCACUUGGCAAAGUUUAUCAAUAAGAAGCAGCGAGACUCUCGCCUCAACGACAUCCUUUUCCCACCAGCCAAACCUGAGCAGGUGCAGAGCCUGAUAGAGAAGUACGAGCCCAGCGGGAUUAACAUCCAGAGAGGGCAGUUGUCUCCAGAGGGGAUGGUCUGGUUUCUUUGUGGCCCUGAGAACAACGUGAUAGCACUGGACAAAUUGGUGCUGUACCAGGACAUGACCCAGCCGCUCUCACACUACUUCAUCAAUUCAUCACACAACACGUAUUUAACAGCUGGGCAGUUUUCUGGUAUCUCGUCUCCUGAAAUGUAUCGCCAGACGCUGCUGGCUGGCUGCCGCUGCGUGGAGCUGGAUUGCUGGAAGGGCCGUCCCCCGGAUGAGGAGCCGAUCAUCACUCACGGGUUCACUAUGACAACUGAGAUCCUCUUCAAGGAUGCCAUUGAGGCCAUUGCAGAAAGUGCUUUUAAAACAUCUCUCUACCCUGUCAUCCUGUCCUUUGAGAACCACGUGGACUCGCCCAAGCAGCAGGCGAAGAUGGCUGAGUACUGCCGAACCAUAUUUGGAGAUAUGCUGCUGACAGAGCCACUGGAAAAAUACCCACUGAAGCCUGGAAUUCCUUUGCCAAGUCCUAAGGAUCUCUUAGGGAAAAUCUUGAUUAAGAACAAAAAGAAACAAUCUGUAUCUGGGAAGAGGCAGAACUCUUUGAAGAAAGGGAGGAAUGUGGAACCAGAAAUCACUGAGCAGCCAAUGCCAACGGAUGCUGAAGAUACUGUCUGGGCAGGUGAUGUGGUUGAAGAGGAACCAGAGGACGAGGAUGAACAUCUCGGAAACCUGGAUGAAGAGGAAAUUAAAAAGAUGCAGUCAGAUGAGGGCACUGCUGGUUUGGAAGUGACAGCGUACGAGGAAAUGUCCAGCCUAGUUAAUUACAUACAGCCGAUCAAAUUUGACUCCUUUGAAGUCUCUGCCCAGAAGAACCGGAGUUAUGUCAUCUCUUCCUUCACGGAGUUGAAGGCUUAUGAUCUACUAACCAAAUUCCCCGUGCAGUUUGUAGAAUAUAACAAGCGACAGAUGAGCCGGAUUUACCCCAAAGGCACCCGGAUGGACUCCUCUAAUUACAUGCCCCAGAUGUUCUGGAACGUCGGCUGUCAGAUGGUGGCACUCAACUUCCAGACCAUGGAUGUCCCCAUGCAGCAGAACAUGGCUCUGUUUGAGUUCAAUGGCCAGUGUGGCUACCUACUCAAGCACGAAUUCAUGCGGCGUCCGGACAAGCAGUUUGACCCCUUCUCUGUGGACCGCAUUGAUGUGGUGGUGGCAAGUACCCUGUCUGUCACGAUACUCUCUGGUCAGUUCCUCUCAGACCGCAGUGUGAAGACAUAUGUGGAAGUAGAGCUGUUUGGGUUGCCAAGGGACACAAAACGCAAAUACAGAACCAAACUGACCUCCACUGCCAAUUCUAUUAACCCUGUAUGGAAAGAGGAGGCUUUUGUUUUUGAAAAGAUCAUGAUGCCUGAGUUGGCGUCUCUCAAAAUUGUGGCUUGGGAGGAAGGCGGGAAGUUCAUCGGUCAUCGUGUCAUUCCUGUUAUUGCAGUGCACUCAGGCUACCACCACAUUUGUCUCCGCAGUGAAAGCAACAUGCCCCUCACCAUGCCUUCUCUCUUUGUGUACCUGGAAGUAAAGGACUACGUUCCCGAUGCUUGGGCAGAUCUGACUAUUGCUCUCUCCAACCCCAUUAAGUUCUUCAGUCUGCAAGACAAGAGAUCAGUUAAGCUGAAAGAUGGCUCGGGGGAGAGGCCUGGCACACAAAGGAACUUCCCAUCUGCCGAAACUAACGGGAUACCAGACUCCCCCAGGAAAUUCAGCGCUCCUCUUUCUAACGGGCCUGCAGGAGCAGCGGCUCUCGCCAAGGAGGAAAACGUGAUCGAAGUGAUGCAGAUUGCAGAGCCUCAGACAGCCAGCCUCGCAGAACUGCAGCAGAUUAAGGUCUUUCUGAAGCUGCUGAAGAGGCAGGAGAAGGAACUGAGGGAGCUGGAGCGGAGAGGAAGUAAACGCAGGGAGGAGCUGCUGCAGAAAUAUUCGGUACUCUUUUCGGAGUCUGUCUGCUAUGGAGGCAAGAAAAGGAAUGCUAGGAAAACCCAGAAGAAGAGGAGUUUGACACCAGGUGACGUCGGUACACGUGCAAAUCCUGUAGAAAUGGCAGAAAGCAUUGAUAGCCGAGUUUUGGAACUGAGGGAGAGGCUGGAGAUGGACCUCAUCCAACUUGGGGAGGAACACCAUGAUGGGAUUCGAAGAAAGAAAGAGCAGCACGCCGCAGAGCAAGUUAUGAAGAUAACAGAGCUAGCCAGAGAGAAGCAGGCAGCUGAGCUGAAGGCACUGAAGGACUCAUCGGAAAGCAAUAUUAAAGACAUUAAGAAGAAGCUGGAGGCAAAGAGAGUGGACCGAAUCCAAACCAUGAUGAGGAACACAAGUGACAAGGCUGCUCAGGAGAGGUACUGGGGUGGAUGUCACCGGGCUCUGUCUGUGCGGAACGCUAGCUGUCCUGCUCCAGGCAGGUGGUGGCAGAGCCGCAGGUGCCAGGGAAGGUUGAAGAAAGAAAUUAAUAACUCUCACAUUCAGGAAGUGGUGCAAACAAUCAAACUGGUGACAGAGAAGACAGCCAGGUAUCAGCAGAAACUGGAAGAGAAGCAGGCAGAUAAUCUGAGAACAAUCAAGGAGAAAGAAAGUCAGCUCCAGCAGGAGGCACUGGCAGAGUACGAGGAGAAAUUGAGAAGCCUGAAUAUGGAGGUGCAGGAGCUGGUGAAGAACUACGCAAAAGCAGGCUUUCCUGGAGAGCCAGAGACUCAGAAGGAAGCAGUUCAGAGCGUUCCUGAGGGAGAACAAGGCUCUGCAGAACAACUGGAAGAAAAGACCCCAGUGGCGGAGGUGUCAAGGCUUGAAACAGCCCUGCCUGAGCCCCCAGGAGCUGAAACGGAUGUCGAGGUUGAAGAAAGCAUACUAUGAGAUGCUUCCCUUACCUACUGUUCCAUUUCAAGAAGCUUUAUGGAGGUCUGUGGAGAAGUUAAAGACCAGCUUGACAAACUACUACUAUCCCUUUCCACUCUGGGGAACUCUUGAAAUCCUUUAGGAAUUUACGAUUCUGUUAUCCUAGCUAUUGGAAGGCAUCUGAGGAGAUCACCCUUCAGGGAGUGCUUUGCUCUCUCUGUUUUCCACCGCCUUCGCACUAAGGUAUUUAAGCAGCGUGAAAGGGCCCGUGGCUGAAGACAAGCUACUUGUCGGCACUCAUGGCAGCAUCUACAUGAAUAUUUCCGUCUGGAUUCAGACUUCAGUUUUUAGAGUAAGUUCCCUCAUCGUUCAUCGCAUGCAUCUCUUCACAUCAGAGUGGUCUCAGAUCUAGAGCUCUCUGAACAAAAUUGAACAGCGAGACACUCUCCAGUAGCCCACCUCAUACGCUCCUACCAGCUGCGCACUGGCCCAGAAUGAAGCCUCCUGAACCCACCUAAGUGUGGGUGGCAGCUGCUCAGCAAAACCGUUCUCUUCUAAAGCAGCAUUCCUGCUGGCAACACCACCUGCUAAUGUGGAUGCAGCCCCCGUCUGUAGGAGGAAAGGUCAGUUCGAUAGCACCUCACGCCAUUUUUGUCAGCAUGGCACUUCCUUACACAACCAGUGCUGGCUUUUUAAUUGAUUCUCCACCCAGUCAGACGAGGACAGUUUUCAGUGUGUUGGUAUCCACAGGUGACUUCUGUGGGAAAGGGCAUUACCAGCGCUGCAGCUUUGCUUCUUCCUACCCUCCCCUUAUUCCCGGGGGCUGAUUCUCAGUCCUAAUUCUAACUUUGACUCUCACAGGCCUUCAGGCAAGUUCUCAGCUCUGGAUCCCUAUCUCCUGAAGACCCUGCCAGUCUUGAGCAGGCUCCUUGGGCAAUUAUAAUGCACAUGAUGGAGAGUCGAGGAGCCUCAACAUUUGUUCCAGCUACCAAAAUACACUUGUAGAGUUCUCAUUUACAGCAAUUUGACAUUUUUAGAGCAUCACUGAAACUUCUUCUCAUGAAGCUACAUUAGUUCCAUAUUACGGGUUUAGGAUAACAACAGUUAACAACAUUUCUAAACUGUUUGAAAGUAAUUUUGUUGCUCAAAUAAAGAGCCAGACAGUUAUAUUGCCCGUAAGAUUCCCUUACACAGAAAGCGGAGUGCGGCUCGUAAGAAGCCACAUUGAAUUACCUAUUCAAGUAGCAGAAAGCUGUUCUCUAGAGCUGCUUUUACAAGCUGCCAUCCCACUUAAUGACAACAGAGGGCUCAGCAGUGAUCUGCAGAACCUGUUCCUUGCUGCUGGGAAAACCAAACUGCUCAAAUAUCCGUGUUCUUUUGGACCUUUGGGGGAAGACAACACGCUGCUCCUGCUGUUUGCUUUCCCAUCACAGGAGUACGGCAUACCUCAGCCCUCAUAGCUUCAGUCACUUCCCAUUUCUUCAUGAAGUAUGUCCACCUGUGAGUAUGAGCAGCGCCCUGCUUUGGUGCCGUAACAGAUAAGCCUCAUUCCACAGCCAAGCUCUAAUGAAAACUGCCUGGCCAUAUGACUUCGAAGGGCAAGUGGCCCUCAGGCUCCUCCAGCCCCAGCCCCGACACUGCUGCCUGGCCUCUCAGGCACAAAACCUUCCAGCCAAACACGCGGAGGGCCAGCGUCCCAAUAGCCUGGUCUCGUCUCACAAGAGAGAAGGGGUAGGUGCCUCUUAGCUGUCUUCACACUUGCACUUCGUAGGACAGCAAAGCCUUAUUUUGUGAAUGCAGAACUUGCAUCACUGUCCCCCCACCACCCCCCCCGCCUCCAUGCAGGCUUUCUCUCCCCUGCUUUAUGACCUUGUGCACUGAACAGCUUUGACACAGCAAGUUUUCACUCCUCCAGAAGGAAGGAACCGGAAACAUAUGGUCCAACUCUUUUCCUACCACCACUUAAGACAGGCUUUGCUUAUGGAUCCUAAAAAAGCAGGAAAUAGCAAUAAUUCAGUACAGAGCAGCCACACCCUGGUCUGCCGCAUGCCGCGUCCCGAAAUAACGUUAGCCCAAGAAUUGGAGUUUGUCCUGCCACAGUUCACUUGCACCAGGUCCCAGGGACUCGGCAGUGGUGGUCAGGAGAUGUCCCGGGCAGGGGGAGGGGGGGACAGAGCUGACACACACCCCCACGAGUCAUCUCUCCCCAGUCCUACAUUUGUAAAUAGUAAGAUUUAAUUAAAAGAAGUGAAAGAAAAUAUAAUUAGGGUUACAAAAGGGAAUGGGAACUGCAACUAUUUUAUCACAAACACUUAUCCUAGAGACGAGAUUACUGUAGGUCAAAUCUUCCAAAUCGGUCAAGGAAACAACAACCACCCCCCCCCCCCCCAAACACUGCUGAAGAGAAGUGGGGGGUAUGGGACCCUCCCAGACCUCAACCCGCAGCUGAGCACCAGCCCCCUGGAGCCCCUUGUGCCGCUGAACCCUCACGCUAGUUAUUUGGCCGUUCAGCUGCCUCUUGGUGCCACCCUGCAGCGCCGCAGAGGGGACAGUGGCUUUAAACCCCGCCAUGGCCCAGAAAUGAGGGACACCAUGGUCUGAAAAAGGAGCUUCUUCCAUCCUCUUGUUAUCGAAACUUUUGCCCUUAAUUUGAGACAAUACUAGAAGAGACGGCUUCCUGACUGGAGAGACGGCCUCUCCCCGGAAUGUUUCAUGCCACUCUGCAGUGGGAUUUCAUAAAGUCCCCCCUCACCUUGGUCUUCGGGUUUCCGUCUUUUCUAGCAAAGUGAGCUCAGCCUCGGCAAACCUACAGCGUGCAGCGGUUGUUACCCGAGAACAGUUACACCUGGAAACUGCAUUGCUAAACGCAUUAUGAAGUGCUGCUAUAAAAAAUGAAAACACCAACCCAAACCCCAGACACGGCCCAGCUCGAGUAGGUGGGAGAGAAGCUGUUCCAAACCUGGUCACACAUCCCAGAAGAGACUGUACCUCCCCGCGGUGUUAACAUAGUACUGGAAUUGUCUAUGGACUUAUUUUUGACUUAUUUAUUUUCUAAAAAAAAAAAUAUAAAGCAUUGCAUUUCUUAAAAAAAAUGGGUCACCUUCUUUUGUAAUUGCAGUUAGUGGAUAUGGGAGCAAGUCCCAAGGGUUGGCCAACAUACGCACGUGUGAAUAGAGACAGCAGGUGCCCGGAGUUUUCUGCCAUCUGUGCUCACAGUUCUUGGAUUCAGCUUCUUCAGCUCCUAAACACGCGCUGAGGUGGGGUCUUAAACAUCGUCUCCUUCUCACACGCAUUCUCCUCUGCACGGCAGCGUUCCAUUCCUCAUUGUACUCUCUGCUCUCUCUCUACUCCCUUGUUCUAAGCAAAUGACUCACAGUC